UGUUUGUAUAGGAGAUAUAUUCUGAUUGUUUGAUUUUAUUCCUGUUGCCUUCGUCCGUCCUAAAGAUGCUGCGUCUGGUUUUGCUUGCUGUGGUGACCGUUCAUGCCCUGGCUUUCCAGUUUGACGUCACGCUGGACAAUGAAUGGGAAAUGUUCAAAGUCACCUACAGGAAAACCUACGGGGUCACAGAAAGCGCCAGACGACAGAUUUGGGAGGAUAACGUCAGACUGAUUGAGAGACACAAUCUGGAGGCGGAUCGUGGAGUUCACACCUACUGGUUAGGAAUGAACGAAUAUGGAGACAUGACAAACGAAGAAUUCACACGAAUCAUGAACGGUUUACUGAUGCCGAAUAAGACAGAGUACAACUUGUUCGAACCAACUGAAGAUUUAAAGGACCUUCCCGACACAGUCGACUGGAGACCGAAAGGUUACGUCACCGAAGUCAAAAACCAGGGUCAGUGUGGCUCAUGCUGGGCUUUCUCCACCACGGGGUCACUUGAGGGUCAACAUUUCAAAUCCACCAAUAAACUGGUGUCCCUUUCCGAGCAAAACUUGGUGGACUGUUCCAAACCGGAAGGUAGGUUGAAGCUAAUU